CAUUAGAAAUCCAGAAGAAAAAUCAAGUGUCAUCAACAUUUUUAAGAAAAAUAUAUGUUGUAUUUUAUUCAAAACUUUAUAUAUUUUAGGCGUAAAUUACAAAAUAUAAUAUUAUUUCCCGGGCAGCAAUGUAAAGCAAUUUGCUGAUAAGGCUUUCGAUGCCGUUAGGCGGGUGUUCAAAUGGAUUGCUGGUGACGGCGCUAGUAACACUGUUACUAUUGCCAGCUCAGUAUUAUGUACCAGACUUGUAUUUGGACUCGAAGGAAUCGUCGCCUGAGCCGAAAUCAUUGCUUGUGCACGCAGCGAAUGUCACGCAAACUUGGUUGCCCCUCGAGCUGCCUCCGCUGGAUUUAUUCCUCACGGUGUCGUUACUACUGCUGGCAGUGAUCACUUACUUUUGUGACUGGAUACAAAGGAAGCUAAUGGAGAGGCGAAUAAUUAAGUUAAAUCAAUGCUUGCAAGAUUGUGUUGAACGGCUACGUACUUGGGACGCGCGUCAGGAACAGCUCGAGGCUACUCUGCGCAUGGUUCAGAACGCCACGUCGGAGUACAACUUGCUACUGUAUUUGCUGCUGCGCCACCACCGCCUCGGCCCCGUGACCAGAAAACCUCCUUCGCACUGUAUUUUUGACAAGGAGCUCAAUGAUCUUAAUUUCAUUACGAAUCCUGUUGAUGUCUUCCCCCAAGAUACUUUAUAGUGCGUGUGUUAUAUAAUAUUAUUU